UCCUGUCACCUGGGAUUCCCCCACACAACACGCAGUGCCCGUGGCCUCCCCUCUGCACUUACACGCACAGGAAGGAGCCCGGUCUCACCCACCCGCAGCGAACCCGAACGGCGCAGAAGGGCUGAGCCAGAGCCGCUGACUUCCUCCUGGGCCAGGAGAGCACGGCAGCCGCAGGAGAUGUGCCGCGGGCGGCGCUGCUGGGGCCUCGGCUCCCUCCUGCUGCUGCUGCUGCUGCUGGGCCAAAACCUGGCUCUUCUCAUCGACAUCCCGCAGGAUGCCGUCAGUGGCACCGUGGGGCAGUCCGUGCUCCUGCCCGUCUCCUACAGACUCAACAACUCCUCUUGCUUCCCACUGUCAAUUCGGUGGAAGUUUGGGAACAGCUCACAAGUGAUCAUCACCUGCNCGGUGCACAACUGCUCCCUGGAUGUUUGGGGAGCUCCCAAGAAAUGCUCUGCAGUAAUUUUCCCUCACCCCUCAUACAAGCACCGCAUUGAGGUCUUCCCUGAGAACGCAUCCCUGCUGCUGCGGGACCUGCAGCUCAGUGACAGCGGGGUGUACAGCAUUGCCUUCCCACAGCAAACACAAAGCAGGCAGAUCACCCUGGCCGUGCACAAGCAGCACGUUUCCACUGAGCAUCCUGACAGAGGCACCAAGGCCACCAAGGCCCAAGACUACUAUUACUACAUAAUUGGAGUUUGCUCCCUUAUCGGCCUCUUUCUGCUGCUCCUGGUCCUCUGCAUACGGCGGCGAGGUGCAUUGUGGAAGAUGAGAACCAUUACACAGCAGCAGGUACAGGAAAAUCUUCUGAAAGCUCCUUGGGCCUCAAACACAGAGGAUAUCCACAUGGAAAACACCGUGGUAGGGGACAUGGCAACAAUUUAUGCCACAGUUGGAGAAGACUUUGAAGGGACAAAGCCAAGAGCAUUACCAGAGACUCUCUACACAUCCGUAAACUUCCCUCAACUGCCUUCUGCUUCAGCUUCGAACUUUGCAGGAAAUAGAUGUGCAGCAGAGCCAAGGUGAUGCUGUUGCCACUCCGUCCCUUGUGAUCAGACCUUUGGUGAGCCCCCUCGUGCCCAUGGAGUGUUUAAGUGCUUGGAGCAACUUAUGGAAAUGCAUUAGCUUGCCCCAAACCGCAGUUUCUCUUGAAUUUGAGGAAUGAUCUGCUUUUAGUUUUAUCUUGAGAUUUCCGGAGAGCACAGAGACGCUGAAUGCAAGAGAAAGAUGCCUAAAGCAAAGGCAAAACAGUUCACCCAUGAGAAGCUCGCUGCCAGAGACAUGCCUUAAUUUGAGGGGUGAUGGAGAACAUUGAAUGUAUUUCAGUCGUGCAUCCCAGGGUCCCUUACCAAUUGCUUGUCAUAUUAAAAGAAUGUACAAAGAUCUUUGGACCUGGUGUCCUUGUUUUUAU